GAUCUCCAGUCAUUAUUGAUUGGCUACUGUUGGUAUGUGCGUAGAUCAACUUGUGCUACAACUUCCUAUUGGCGCAGUGGGCGCGACAUUUAUACAGUCAGGAUUUCCUACCGCUAGGACUAUUCUGUAAUAAACAUGUAAACACGGGCAGGUCUCAAAUUUCCGAAUCGAAAUCUGCACUUAGGGAGGACACAGGACACAAUCCGCACCCCCCGGGACACACGAUCCGCACCCCGGGAGAACACAAUCCGCACCCCCCGGGACACACGAUGGGUGACUUGAAAGGUCACGCCAUACCGGGCAGCUUCUUCUUGCUGUACGGGCUGUGGUGUGCUGUCGGCUGUCUCAGGAAGUACUUUAUCAGCAGACGGCAAGGACAGGCCUACGUCACGACGGCGACUCACAAGCUGUCUUGCUGUCCGGGUAAGGUCAGCCGUCUGCCCGUAGAGCCGACAGUCAAAGUGCUGCUGUCCGCAGGGGGCUUGAUGGGGGAGCUUCUGGCACAUCUGCCCGUCCCACCCAUGGGCAUAGUGCAGCACGCGACCAUGUAUCUGUUCUUCUUGCUGUCCGGGGUGACUGACCUGGGUGUCCACUUCGGCCUGCCCCUGCCCCACGGGACCGACUUCAUCUCCCUGGUGCUGGCCCUGCUGAUAGAGGGUCUGCUCUUCGCCAGUCACGUGCACGGCCGGCCAGAACUGGACGUCCAACUCCACAUGCUGCUGGUCUACGUCAUCUUCACCACAGCCGUCGUCAUCGCUUUGGAGAUCAAGUUCAGCAACUCCGCGCUACUGAGCAUGGCGAGGGCGUACCUUAUGAUGCUGCAGGGUAGCUGGUUCUGGGCGGUGGGCGUCAUCCUGUACGCCCAUGGGGAGCCCAACACUGCUUGGGCCCUGGACAACCCCGAGAGCAGCAUGCAAGCCGCCAUCUACUUCAGCUGGCACUGUGCUGGUCACGUGAUCGUCCUACUGGUCCUGACGGCCCUCAUGUCACUGUGCUACAGGAAACAAGGGGAGAGCACGCUACACAUGGAGCUCAACUCACUAGAGCCGGAAGUCAACAGCAGCAAGGAGGGUUAUGGGAUACUGGCGUGGACAGAUGCUGACGACGACAGUGAUGAAGUUCUCAGACAAGCCAUGAUGUAGAUU